UCGGACGAAGCCAAGUGCCGCUUACUCCAGAACUAGUACCUCCGAGAUCUGGGGGGCAAAAACUGUGAGGAGUGGGAGGGGGGUUCCAUCUGCUUUCCUCAAGUUCAGAUCCAGCCGCUGCGCAAAGCUCACAGGGGCUCGUUAAAAGGAAAAAAGGGAAAUAUAAGCUGUUCGUCCAAGCCACAUCAGUUCUUGGGAUUUUGAUUUUACUUUUCAGGAAUAUUCAACAGUUGGAACAGAAGAUCAGAAUGUUGGCUGCAUUGGCACUGACAGUGCUGUGGAUCAGAGCAGGGCUGGCACAGGAGAUGGAUUCAGCUGUUUCAAUUACGCGGUGUUCUGAUGGCUAUCGACUGGACCGCUCAUCGGGACAAUGCAGAGAUAUUAAUGAGUGCCAAACCAUCCCAGAUGCCUGCAAAGGGGACAUGAGGUGCAUUAAUCACAAUGGUGGAUACCUGUGCCUGCCAAGGACUGCUGCACUCGUUUUGGCAAAUGGACCAUCCAAUCCAUCUUACCCCAUGUCUUCACAAUCAAGGUACUCAGAAACACAAAGUUCAUCGGUCUACCAGCCGGCCUCCAUUCCCAGAUAUCCUGCCCGAGCUAGAUCUCUGAUCUGUCGUUUUGGUUACACUGUGGAUGAAAACAACAACUGUGUGGAUAUUGAUGAAUGCACGGCAAGAACUCACCAAUGUAAUCCCUCGCAGAUCUGCAUUAACACAGAGGGAGGCUACAGCUGUUCCUGCACAGAAGGUUACUGGUUAGUUGACGGGCAGUGUAUGGACAUCGACGAGUGUCGGCAUGGAUACUGUCAGCAACUGUGCGCCAACAUUGCCGGCUCCUACUCCUGCCAGUGUAAUUCCGGCUUCCUCCUCAACCCUGAUGGGAGAUCAUGCCAAGAUGUGGAUGAGUGUGCUGGAGAAAAUCCCUGUGGACAACAAUGCAUCAACACCUACGGUUCCUUCCUCUGUCGCUGUGAUACUGGGUAUGAACUAAAUUCGGAGGGAAUGGGCUGUGAUGAUAUCAAUGAGUGCAGCUUCUCGGAGUUCCUCUGCCAGCAUCAGUGUGUGAACGAGCCAGGCGACUACUACUGCAUCUGCCCCCAAGGCUACACCAUGUUUAGCGACAACAGGAGCUGCCAAGAUAUCGAUGAGUGUGAGACGGGUAACCACACUUGCCAAGAAGAACAGAUCUGCUUCAACAUUCCAGGGACGUACAAGUGCCUGGACCCAGUGCGUUGCCAGGAUCCCUACAUACAGUUGAAUGAAAACCGCUGCAUGUGCCAUGGAGACAACCCUGGAUGCACAGAUCAGCCAUUCACCAUUCUGUACAAAUACAUGGACAUUGUGUCGGGAAGGAGCGUCCCCUCAGAUGUCUUCCAGAUGCAGGCCACAGCCCGCUAUCCUGGAGCAUACUACAUCUUCCAGAUCAAAUCCGGGAAUGAAGGCAGAGAGUUCUACAUGAGGCAAACUGGGCCCGUCAGUGCUACAGUGGUGAUGACCCGUCCAAUUCGAGGGCCUCGGGACAUUGUGUUGGACCUGGAGAUGGUCACCGUGAACACCGUCAUCAACUUUCGCGGGAGUUCAGUGAUCAGACUGACAAUCUUUAUAUCUGAAUACACGUUUUAAAGCCGUUGGGUUUCCCGGGGCGAGAGGUUCUACAUCUAUGUUUUAGUGAGUGAAUGUGUCACUGUUGUUGCUAAGGCAGAAAGCUGCUUUUGAUAAUACAUUGUAACUGUAUAAAUUCUUAAUUCUGUCUGCUUUUCUCCCCUGGCUGGGUCAGAGUUAUUGUACAACUACCCAUGAAUAGAAAUGCAAUGCCUUCAAGCUGCAGUAUAUUCAGGAAGGCAUUGUGAUGUCCUUAGCCUUUGUUUAUCCAUUAGGACAUAAGACAUAGGAGCAGGAUUAGGUCAUCGGCCCAGUGAGUCUGCUCCAACAUUUGAUUGUGGCUGAUUUAUCUGCCCUCUCAUCCCCAUUCUCCUGCCUUCCCCCAUGACUCUUGGCGCCCUUAUGUCAAUCAAGGAUGACAACAGUGUAUAAAAGGCUAGAGAGAAUUGUCAAGAGCAGUUUCUAUAAUAUAUACGUAAUUGAAUUUUGUGAAAUAGUUGGCAUAGUUAAGGCUAAUUUUGUGAUCCAUCAGUCACCACUGUCAUUACCCUCUCUGUGACUGCUGCAGUUCCAAAAACAAAAGAGCAAAUCUCAAUAGGAUUAGUUAGGUAAUCCCAGGACUUCGCCCUAGUAGAAAUGAACUAAACAAAUAUCUAAUACUCUGCAACUUGGCAGACAACAAUCUCAUGACAUUGACACCCUUAUCCUUGUUAGUUGUAAAUGUUGUAAGGCUGAGAUGUGCCCUUAAGGGUCCGAGUCCAAAUCUUUGGACUGAGAAGAACACAAAAUCAUUACUUAGCUUUUGUGACAGGUGAUAUCCUCAAUAUUGGUGUCUGCACAACACUGAACAACCUCCACACCCACACCUACAUGCUUAAUCAUUAGUUACACCCUUCAGGUUGAAUAGAGUUUUGAUAAAUUGUGAACUUUGUUGUAUAUAGAAGAAUUAUGGUUUGACAAGCAGCCCACUAUAGUGUGUUAUACUCUGAGAUCAUUGCAAGCAUUAUAACAGGGUUCACCCAUUAUUAAGGACAUUGUAGUUCGAAGAAGACAGUGCAAAGUCCCAGGGGAGAAUUUUUUCCUCAUCUUGUAUUUCUAAUCCGCAGUACAUUUUGUGAAGGAGAAGUGGAAGCAGAGCUAACAAAUAUUAAAUCAAAAAGAAAGUAUUUUCUACGCUGGAGGAGAAAGAGGAAGGGCUUGCUCCUUUGGUCACCCAGAACAGUCACAGAGUUCAUGAACAAGAAGCUGGAAAUCCAGAGUGACACACACAAUACAGGAGGAAUUCCACACGCCAGGCAGCAUCUAUGGAAUUAAAUAAAGAGUCAGUGUUUCGGACUGAGGCCUGAAGAAAUGUUAACUCUUUAUUCCUUUCCAUAGAAGCCGCUUGACCUACUGAGCCACAAUGUUCUACAGUGUAGAGGGAGGAUGAAUCAAUAUCUACCCCAAGAUCAGUUACUGAGUAACACGAAGAUUCAUGUGUUUGUCCUGCAGCUCAAAACUCUGGAAUCUGAUAUCUGCAGUUAAUUAAAUGCCCAAUGCAAUGAUGUCAGGCAUAAUAUCACAAAAGGAUUCAGAUGCCUCAGUCACCGUGAGACGUUGACCAUCUCAUCUGCACUCUUUGCCUUCAGAUAUUUUCCUUUUGUUCAAAGCAACGGGUAUCUAUAUUAAUCACAGAAACCUGGAGCCACCCUGUAAAAUCCUAAACAAGCACGGUGACUCAUAAAGAGCUUAAUGGCAAACUAUUAUUUUACCACCCACUUUACACGUUGCCUCAGGCAAUAACAAGUGGCCUAGAUUCUGCAGCAGAUAAAACACUGAAGACAUUGAACAAAGUUGGUUAACGCAAAUGGAUAAUUACCUCCCCUUGGCAAAUUUAAUUUCACCCAACUAACAAUAAAUCCUUACUGUCUCAAGUGUGUCACCGCUUUGUAAAGCAGACUUUUCUAUAGUUCUUCCUAGCAUCUGAUAUCUUCCUAACUUGGUUCUAACUUGGUUCUUGGUGAUGUUAUAACAACAACAAUAACUUGACCUAAUGUCCCACCUCUAAUGUAGUGAAAUGUUCCAGAACGCAGAACAGAAUUAUUGCCAAAUGAAAUUAUUUGACAGAGAAAUGAGGGCUGAUAGCGAAAGGCUCGAUCAAAGAGAUAGCUUGAUCAGACCUUUUAAAGGAGCUGAGCGAGGCAAGUAGUUAGAGGACCUUAAAACCCUUUAAAGUUCAAAGUAAAUUUAUCAUAUGUCACCGAAUACUGCCUUCAAAUUUGAUUUCAUGAAGAUGUUUACAGGAAAAUGAAGAAAUACAAUUGAAUUUAUGAACAACUAUAAAUAACAAAGACUGACAAACAACCAUUGUGCAAAAGAAGACGGAUUGUUCAAGUAAUAAAAAAGAAGUAAAAUAUAAUACUGAGUUGUAGAGUCCUUGCAAGUGAGUCCACAGGUUGUGGAGUCAGUCAAGUUAUCUAUGCUGGAUCAGGACCCUGGUGGUUGAAGGGUAAAAACAGUUCCUGAACCUGAUGGUGUAGGACCUACCUCCUGCCUGAUCAUGGUGAUGAGAAGAGAGCUUAGCCUUGGCUGCUGUUCCCACUGGUUGGAGUUGAAAUCAGAUCCAGAUUCUCAGAACUAGAAGGUUUAUGUGAGUGUAAGAAGUUAAGAGCGAUGAGGGAUUGAUAGUAGAGAAUGAACUGGUAGUAAGACAACAUGACUAUAUGACAUAGGAGCAGAAUUAGGCCAUUCAGUCCAUUGAGUCUACUCCACCAUAGCAUCAUGGCUGAUUUAUUACCCCUCUCAUCUCCAUUUUCCUGCCUUCUCUACAUAACCUUUGAUGCCCUGAUUAAUCAAGAACCUAUCAACCUCUGCUUUAAAUAUGCCCAAUGACUUGGCCGCCAAGCUGUCCAUGGCAAGCACUGUGUAGUGUGUGCAUGGGUCCUGGAGGUACCAAACAUAGAGGUUUGGAGGAACCCAAGUUUAUGUAGGAUGGUAUUCCAGCAGGAUAUCAGAAUAAUCACAUCUUUAGGUAACAAAGCCAUAGAUACGAGAACCCAGAAACCAUUUGAACUGGGACACCAAUAGGAUUAGUAAUGUUAUGGAGAGAGGUGGACUUACAAAGAUGGGCCAAAUGGCCUAAUUCUACUCCUAUAUCUUAUGGUCUUAUCACAGCUCUCAAACCCUCCCAGUGGUGCAACCAGUCUAAGUCAGCAUCAUUCUGGAUGGCCAGGGAGCUGAAUGUAUAGCAGGACCAAAGACAAUGGCUGCCAACUUCACCAUAUUUAUUUGUUGUGUAUUUCUGCUUAACAAAUCUGAGGCAGUGCAGUAGCCUACAGAGGUGUUGGACAGAAAGAACUAAGAGUCAGCAGGGGAGACGUGAAUGUGUCCUUGAAUGAUAUCGGCAAACAUUAGAAUACAGAUGAUAAUCAGAAAGCCCAAAGGGUGGAUCCAUGGAAGAGUUGAGAGCUCCACUCCAGCGUAGUAGUUACCAUGACGCUAUUACAGCUUGGGGUGUUGGACUUUGGAGUUCAAUUCCGAUGGUGUCUUUAAAGAGGUUGUAUGCCCUCCCCGUGGAAUGGGUGGGUUUCCUCCGGGUGCUCUGGUUUCCUCCCGCAGUCCAAAGAUACACCGUUAGCAGGUUAAUCGGUCAUUGUCAAUUAGGCUGGGGUUAACUAAGAGGGCUGCUGAGCGGUGCAGCUUGCUGGGCCUGUUCUACGUGGUGUCUCUUAAAUAAAUAAAAUAAAAUAGACAAUUUGAAGGUAACGACAAAGGAAUGAGCAGGGAAUUCUUCAUGGGCAUUGCCCAGGCUACCACUGUGAGCCAACAGACUUGGAAGGAUAGGUUACCACCGACACAGAUCGUAAUGGGAACCAUUCACGAUUCUGAUAAGCCAGUUCAAUGCUGUGACAAGGCCAGGUCCUUUCACCUCUCUCUCUCCCUUCCUUUACAAUGAUCAGGAUCCAGAAAGUCAUUGUUAAUAAGAAAACAGCCUAAAAUAUGUAAUAGUAGUAUUUAAUGUGAUUUUUAAAUUUAUAAAACUGUUUAUAUUAUACAAAAAUUGACUGAAAUAUCUUUCUUAUAUGAUGGCAUUUAUAAUUUAUUAAUUUAUUUAGCAAUGUAGUGUGGAGUAUGUCCUUCCAGACCUUCAACGCUCGCUUCCCCAGCAAACCUUUUCCCUUUUCUUUUGCCUGUUAUACUGCUAGCAGAGGACAGCAAUGGAGGUUCUCUGUCUCUGGUGUGUUAAGGCUUUCUUCACCAUGCCAGUGGUUUCCUCUCAGUAUUUACCACUGUCAGUCAUACAAGUCACAGGUGAAGGCUCAGGAAUACCACUGGACUCAGACGAAGAAGGAUUUUUCAUUGCCGUUUCCAUAGCAAUUUUGUUUUACUAGUCAGGAUUGAUAGCCCUGAUCUGAACCCCCCCAAGACCUGGAGGACCGGUGACCACCCUCAGUCUGGCCUCUACCCUUUGACCUGUUUGGCAUGAGUGACCCUACCGAGAGCCAAAGCAUAAAGUCCUGACUUUAUGUAGGCUCCAGCUAAUAUAGCUCUGCAGGUCAUUAAGACUCCAAGAUUGUAGUCCACUUGGAGGCCCACACAACCCGACAAGCCUGAUUAACACUAACCUAAUCACAGGACCAAUUAACCUACCCGGUAGAUCUUUGGUCUGUUGGAG